AUGGCCCUAGUCGAGAGCCUCCGCUCGCAGCAGAUCACCGGCCGGCUCAUCUUCCUGCUACUGACCGCAACCCUCGGACCGUUCCUGUUCGGCUAUCAUCUUGCCGAGCUCAACGCACCCCAAGAUGUAAUCACAUGCAAGCGCAAAUCCAUCGCCUCCUCAACAACAUCCCCCACCCUCCCACAAUGCAUCCCCAUGUCUCCCCUUUCAAUCGGACUCGUCUCCUCAAUUUACACCCUGGGCGGCCUCUUCGGCGCUCUCUCCACCGGAACCCUCUCCGCCACUUACGGCCGCCUCCGGCCCAUGCGCGCCGCCGCCAUCAUCUCCAUCAUCGGCGGCCUGCUCACCGCCGUCGCCCCAUCCAUAGCAAUCAUGUCCCUAGGCCGCUUCAUCUCUGGUCUCGCUGCGGGCUCCGCGACGGUCGUGGUGCCGCUGUACAUUUCUGAGAUCGCGCCGCCGGGGAGGAAAGGGAUGUUGGGGGCGAUGACGCAGAUUAUGACUUGUACGGGCAUUGCUGUGACACAGGUGUUGGGCGAGUCUCCGAAAUGGCUUGCUGAGCAUGGGAGGGCGAGGGAGGCGAGGGGGGUGUUGCAGCGGAUCAGGGGCGACUCCUACGACAUCAAGUCUGAAACGACUGCAUGGGAGGAUGGAGAAGCCGCUGAGGAGGAAGAUCCAGAAGAGCAAGGACUCCUAACCCAACAAACGACCGCCUCCUCCGCCGGCAAGCCCCAUCUCGACAGAAAUUCCACGGAAAACAAAUCAAUCCUCCAAGUCCUCCGCGACCCCGCAACUCGGCCAGCCACCAUCGCCGUCAUCGCCGUCAUGACGGCUCAACAGCUUACCGGCAUCAACUCCAUCGUCAUGUACGGCGUCACCCUACUCGCCUCCCUAUUGGCCUCCUCAUCCGCCCUCCUCAACAUCGUCGUCAGCGUGCUGAACAUGUUCGUCACGAUCGCCUGCUCCCCACUACCGGACCGCUUCGGGCGCAAGACCAUGCUCUUGGUCUCGAUCGCAGGCAUGGGCACGUCCUCCAUCCUCCUCGGCAUCGGCAUCCGCGCUCCAUUCCAGUACUCUCCGCAGUGGCAACGCUCCUAUUCGUUGCCUCCUUCUCAACAGGUCUCGGACCCCGUGCAGAGCUGGGCACUCGCAAGUAACUGGAUCGCAACCUUUGUGGUGGCGCAAUUUUUCCCUGUGGUGAAUGAGGCGUUGGGGAAGGGCAUCACGUAUUUUGUGUUCGCGGGCUUUGGGGCUUUCUUCUUCAUGUGGAUCUCGUGGUAUGUGCCGGAGACGCGGGGGAAGACGGCAGAUGAGGCGUGGGGCAGGGUGGGUGAGCGGGAGGAGUAG